ACAGGAAGGCAGCGGGGAGGAAAAGGGCCGGAGAUGCCCCCGCAGGAGGGGCUCCAAAGCCAUCCCAGGGUGCUCUGAGGAGGAAAGACCCAACAUGUGCUGGGAAGGCGGCCAGAGCUUGAGCCAGAGCUCUGAGCUGGUGGUCCCUGAGCAGCCUCCCAGCAGGGAGAAGCCCUUCAGGUGCUUGGAGUGUGGGAAGAGCUUCAGGAAGAGCACCAAACUCCUCACCCACCAGCACAUCCACACUGGGGAACGGCCCUACUCAUGUAGGGAAUGUGGGAAGAGUUUCAGGGACAGCUCCUCCCUGAUCAAACACAAGCGCAUCCACACUGGGGAACUGCCAUACCCAUGUCAGGAAUGUGGGAAGAGCUUCAGGAACAGCUCCAACCUGAUCCGACACCAGCAAAUGCACACUGGGGAACUGCCCUACCCAUGUCAGGAAUGUGGGAAGAGCUUCAGGGACAACUCCAACCUGAUCCGACACCAGCACAUCCACACUGGGGAACGGCCCUACACGUGUCGGGAAUGUGGGAAGAGCUUCAGGUACAGCUCCAACCUCCUCACCCACCAGCACAUCCACACCAGGGAACGGCCCUACAAGUGCUUGGAAUGUGGGAAGAGGUUUCAGCGCAGCUCAAGUCUUCUCAGGCAUGAGCAGACACACACGGAUGAGAGGCCCUUCCGCUGCACCGACUGCGGGAAGGGCUUCAACCAGAGCGGCAACCUUGUCAGGCACCAACGCAUCCACACCGGGGAGAGGCCCUACAAGUGUGGGGAGUGUGGGAAGAGCUUCACUGACAGGUCUUAUUUGACCAAACACCAACGGACCCACCAGUAAGAGAAGCCCUCGAGUGCCCCAACUGCAGGAAGAGCUUCGGCCGCUGCUUCCACCCCCAAUGAAGCCCCUG